UGAAAAGCAAACCACAACUAAAAAACAUUACCAUAUUACCACGACAACCACUAUUGAAUUGCACUCCACCUAAUCUUAUUAACAAAAACACAAAUACACAAACUAAGAGAUAGAAAAAGUAGAGAGUGUAGAGAGAGAGAGUGGUAGCUUUGGUUGGUGCUUCUUCUACAUCUAUCCAUCCCAUCCGAACCCUAGAUUUCAAAUUCCUCUCUGUAGCUCUCCAGAUCCGCCGGCGAUUCUCCACCGGAGCCCGCUCUCCGAUCCGAGUCCACUCAAUGGGUGACCACGCCGACUCGUUCGGUUAAAAUGUUGGUCACUCUCAGUGCUUUCACUUCGAUUGGUCACACGUUCAAUGUCAUAGUUUCAGUAGCUUUUUUGGUGCUGUCUGAAAAUGUCGGCUUCGUUGGCGGCUUUCGAGCGGCCCAGAAUUGGAGCUACAAACACGGUUUUCAAGAGCGGGCCUCUUUUCAUAUCUUCAAAAGGACUAGGUUGGAAGUCUUGGAAGAAGCGUUGGUUCAUCCUAACACGCACUUCUUUGGUCUUUUUCAAAAACGAUCCUAGUGCACUUCCCCAGAGAGGUGGUGAAGUAAAUCUGACUUUGGGUGGUAUCGACUUGAAUAAUUCAGGGAGUGUGGUUGUUAGAGAGGAUAAAAAGCUGUUAACUGUACUGUUUCCUGAUGGACGUGAUGGGCGAGCAUUUACACUUAAGGCAGAGUCGUCAGAGGACUUGUAUGAGUGGAAGACGGCCCUGGAACAUGCUCUUGCACAGGCACCUAGUGCUGCCUUAGUGAUGGGGCACAACGGGAUUUUUCGGAAUGACACAAAUAAUUCAAUUGAAGGGUCUUUCCAUCAAUGGAGGGAUAAGCGUCCUGUAAAAUCUUUGGUUGUUGGACGGCCAAUUUUGCUAGCACUAGAAGAUAUAGAUGGAGGUCCAUCUUUUCUUGAAAAAGCUCUUCGAUUUCUUGAGAAGUAUGGAACUAAGGUUGAAGGAAUUUUGCGACAGUCUGCAGAUGUUGAGGAGGUGGACCGCAGGGUUCAGGAAUACGAACAAGGCAAGACUGAAUUUGAUUCUGAUGAGGAUGCUCAUGUUGUUGGUGACUGUGUUAAGCAUGUUCUCCGGGAACUACCCUCAUCUCCUGUUCCUGCUUCCUGCUGUACUGCUUUGCUGGAGGCUUAUAAAAUUGAUCGCAAGGAAGCUCGGGUAAAUGCUAUGCGCUCCGCAAUAAUGGAGACGUUUCCUGAACCAAACAGGCGUUUAUUACAGAGAAUCCUGAAGAUGAUGCAUACAAUUUCUUUACAUGCUUCUGAAAAUCGGAUGACUCCAUCUGCUGUUGCCGCUUGUAUGGCACCAUUGCUCUUACGGCCUCUUUUAGCUGGUGAAUGUGAGUUGGAGGAUGAAUUUGAUGUUAAUGGUGAUAAUUCAGCCCAGCUUCUCGCUGCUGCAAAUGCUGCUAAUAAUGCUCAAGCUAUCAUCACAACACUCUUAGAGGAGUAUGAGAACAUUUUUGAUGAUGAUAAUCUACAUAGAUGCUCUAUUUCAGCUGAGUCCCGGAUUGAAAACAGUGGGACUGAAGAUUCAACUGAUGAUGAAAAUCUGGAUAUGAAAAACAAUGGUUACCAUGAUGCAGAAAAUGAAGUUGAUCCAGAAACUGAUGAUGAUCCUGAUCGUGUACACAGUGGAAAAUUGAGUGAAAGCAGUGGUUCUGUUGGAAGUGAUCUUUAUGACUACAAGGCCUUUGGAGGUGAUGAUUCCGAUGUUGGAACCCCUAGGAAUAAUCGCACUUCGGCAACAAAACCAAAUCCACUUGCAAAUUCUCAACCACUUAGAGAUUCUAAUCAAUUUAAUGAGCAACAAGGCCCACCAAGGAAGAAAAGUGAAAGUGAGUUGGAUUCUCCUGAAAUUUUACCUGGCAGUGAGUCAACUCGAUCCAUGGGGGAGGUGUUGUCAUCUAUGGAUCCAGGGCUACCUCAGUCGGUCCUUGGGCCUGAAUCAUCUGCUGAGAAGUCUAUAAGUAAACUUACAAACUCCAAUCUCAAUGUUAAACGGUCUACAUUUUGGGGAAAAGGAGCUGUCAGAAAGAUGCCUUCAAUGGAAUCAGUUGAUUCUUCUGGAGAGGAAGAACUUGCUAUUCAGAGGCUUGAGAUCACCAAAAAUGACUUACAACAUAGGAUUGCAAAAGAGGCGAGAGGAAAUGCAAUUUUACAAGCUAGCUUGGAGAGAAGGAAGCAAGCUUUGCAUGAGCGCCGCUUGGCACUUGAACAAGAUGUUUCAAGGCUGCAAGAGCAGUUGCAAGCUGAGAGAGAUCUAAGAGCUGCAUUGGAGGUUGGGUUGAGCAUGUCUUCUGGACAAAUUUCCAGCUCCCGCGGAAUGGAUUCCAAAACGAGGGCCGAGCUUGAGGAGAUUGCUCUUGCUGAAGCUGAUGUGGCCCGGCUGAAGCAGAAGGUUGCAGAAUUACACCAUCAACUUAAUCAGCAACGUCAAAAUCACUAUGGCUCCCUUUCUGAUGUGUGUGAUCGUUUUCAACAUGUCCUAGAUCGCAAUUCUCAACAGAAAUUUCUUCAGCAAGAUUUUGAUACAACCCUUGCUUUUUGUAACCAUGAAAGGAAACAAAGAACCGAGGAGAGUUUGCUGGGGGCAGAUUUGAGGAAUAGCAAAGGUCAGGUAUUAACUUCUGGCAGCAGUAGCAGGCAACCUUCUCGGAAGCAAUUUUUGGACACAACAAGCUUGAGUGAUUCUAAAAGUAACGAAGCAUCCACUAGUGCAUCUGUGGAUGAGCUCUGUGCUGUUGAUUCUGCCUCUGUGCCUUCCACUUCUAGGGCAGUAGAGGUAUUGGAUUAUCCUAGACAGCCAUCAGCAGCGUCCUCCACUUUGGUAGAAUUAACAACACGUCUCGACUUCUUCAAGGAACGGCGCUCUCAGCUGAUGGAACAACUCCACAACCUCGAUUUAAAUUAUGGGACGACAUCUUCUCAAGAUUUUAUGUAUAAAGCCACAUCUCCACGAUGGAACUGACAGGCGAUGAUGCCCAUGGAUGGAGUUGAGAAGAUUGACCAACUUCUUCCCUUUUGUAUAUCCACUGUACUAUUGCAUAUAGUUGUAUCUCCCGACACACUGUUCCGAAUACUCUCUUUUUUCAUUUCUUUUUCUUUUAUUUAAAUUUCUGUGUUCUUUUUGUACUGAGAACAUUAUUUGUUUUCGGUGAGGAGCGUUCUUUUUUUAUUUAUUUUUUUCAUUUUGUGUUACUGAAUAGUGUGAACAUAAUAAGUAUUUAUAUCAUUCUUGUAUAAAAUAGUAGGGAAGAAUUUUAAUGUUACAAACUUCUCUGUGAUA